CUCCUCCUUCUCCUCCUCGCUUCAACUUGCUCUGGGCAGCUGUCAGCGGCGUGGCGCAGACACCUGGAAGCAGUUGUGUGAUAGAAAAUAAUAACCGUGGUGAACUUUGACUAAGUGGACGCGACUCCCAAGCGCAUCAAGAAAUCAUGACUAGCUACCACAAGCCCGACGAAAAAACUCUGCAGGCGCUCAGAGACAUCGCCAACAAGCUUAGAAUCAACUCCAUCAAGGCAACGUGCGCGUCCAACUCCGGUCACCCCACAUCAUGUUGCAGCGCAGCAGAACUCAUGUCUGUGCUGUUCUUCCAUACUAUGCGCUACAAAGCCAAUGACCCUGGCAACCAGUGUAACGACCGCUUUGUCCUGUCGAAGGGACAUGCUGCACCCGUGCUGUACGCUGCCUGGGCAGAGGCGGGCUACGUGAAGGAGUCCGACCUGGUCAACCUGCGCAAGAUUGACUGUGACCUGGAGGGGCACCCUACACCAAAACUGGCUUUUGUUGACGUGGCUACAGGAUCUCUGGGACAGGGUCUGGGGGCCUCCUGCGGAAUGGCCUACACUGGGAAAUACUUUGACAAAUCCAGUUACCGUGUGUACUGCAUGCUGGGUGACGGAGAGUGUUCAGAGGGCUCAGUGUGGGAGGCCAUGGCCUUCGCCUCCUACUACAAGCUGGACAACCUGGUGGCUAUCAUGGACGUCAACCGGCUCGGUCAGAGUGAGGCUGCACCCCUGAAGCACGACAUGGAAACCUACCGCAAACGCUGUGAAGCCUUUGGGUGGAACACGUAUGUUGUGGAUGGCCAUGAUGUUGAGGAGCUGUGCAAAGCUUUCUGGCAGGCUCAACAGGUCAAGGACAAGCCCACCUGCAUUGUUGCCAAGACCUUCAAGGGAAAAGGCCUUAAAAACAUUGAGGACUUGGAUAACUGGCACGGCAAGCCCAUCCCUAAGGAUCGUGUGGAUGACCUCCUGAAUGACCUGAUGGCUCAGAUCCAGGUUCCCAACAAGACCCUCUGCCCUGAGAUGCCCAAUGACGACACAGCCCCUGCAGACCUCAGCCUCAUCUCCCUGCCUGCACCCCCUGCCUAUAAAAAGGGAGACAAGAUUGCAACAAGGCGUGCGUAUGGUGUUGCCCUGGCCAAGCUUGGCCAGUCCAGCCAGAGAGUGGUGGCCCUUGACGGAGACACCAAAAACUCAACGUUCUCAGAGACCUUCAAGAAGGCCUUCCCUGACCGCUACAUCGAAUGCUUCAUUGCUGAACAGAACAUGGUGGGGGUGGCCAUUGGCUGUGCCACCCGUGACCGCACAGUAGCAUUCGCCAGCACAUUUGCAGCCUUUUUCUCCAGAGCCUAUGACCAGAUCCGUAUGGGCGCCAUCUCCCAGUCCAAUGUCAACCUGGUAGGGUCUCACUGUGGAGUCUCCAUUGGUGAGGAUGGCCCCUCUCAGAUGGCCCUGGAGGACCUGGCCAUGUUCCGUGCUAUCCCAACAUGCACAGUGUUCUACCCUUGUGACGGGGUGUCGACAGAGAGGGCUGUGGAGUUGGCAGCCAACACCAAGGGUAUCUGUUUCAUCCGUACCAGCAGACCAGACACCAAAGUCAUCUACUCCCCAGAUGAGAAGUUUGAAUUGGGCGUGGCCAAGGUGGUGCGUAAAUCUGACAAUGACAAGGUGACAGUGAUUGGAGCUGGUGUGACUCUGCAUGAGGCCCUUACUGCUGCAGACAUCCUGGCCAAUGAGGGAAUAAACAUCCGUGUGAUUGACCCAUUCACCAUCAAGCCCCUGGAUGCCUCCACUAUCGUGGCCAGCGCCAGAGCUACAGGAGGCAGGAUCAUCACCGUAGAGGACCACUACAAAGAGGGUGGUCUGGGUGAGGCAGUGCUAACAGCAGUGGGUGAGGAGCCCGGCAUCGUGGUGACCCGCCUGGCAGUAAGCGGCGUGCCCCGCAGCGGAAAGCCCCAAGAGCUGCUGGACCUCUUCGGCAUCAGUGCUAAACACAUUGCCCAGACCGUGCGUCAGACCUUUGCAAACUAAGGAGCACACCUGCUCUCUAGCCCCUUGUCCCGGCGUCUUCUCACUCACAUUUCUCCACAAUUCAAGCCUACAGCUACACAGCACUGUCUCAUGUGGAACUGUAAACCUGUUUUUGCUCUAAUGCCAUCUUGUGGUUUUGAAUCGAGUGCAGUGUUAUAGUAGUGCUAGCUGACUAUCAGAGAGAGAGCAAAGGGACAAAAUGCAGUGGUGUGUCUAACCCUAACCCCUUAUUGCUAAUACAGAAAACCUCCAGCGUAUGCACCUUCUAGCACCCUCUGCUUUAGAUAGGUUCUCAUGUGGUCUUUCUGCUUAACAACAUUCCUGUUUGUAUCUCAUGUCACUUUUUGUCAAUGUUGUCUUGCCAACAGCUCAAAGAUACAGCAUCACCAAAUACUGUAAAUGUGUUGACUGUUUGAUCUAAAACCUGUAAGACCAUAACCAGCAGUCCAUCCAGGCAUCCAUUGUGAACAGUCAGGCCACAACUUUGUGCGCAUUCCAGGUUAUCAUUUCUCAUCCACAUUCCUGCUAUCAUGCCCCAUGUUUCUUCUCUAAGUUUCAUCGCAUGACUGGCAUUCAUACCUCAAGUUUCUAGAAAGGAUUGUUACACCAGUUCCUGUCAACCUAGUAUGUUUUGUUAGUUUUAAGUCAUGGCCUUUAUCACUGGCGCUGUGCUAAAGAACUGUAUUUUUUUUGAUGUUCCACCUUGAAUAGUUGCGUAACUCUUCAUUUGAUCUCGACCACUUGAGUGUCGCAUGGUGUUACUGAUGGUAGUGAAGAUUCCCAGUCACCUGUCAACCCGUUAACAUUGCUGUGUUGUACUAAAAUAAAAUAAAAAAAAAUAAAAAAAACAAUUGACCUAA